AUACAUACUAAAUUACGAUUUCCCAUAUUUGUGUCGCGAUGUUUGACGUUCUUUAUUAGGCGUUUAUUUUCUGCAAAUUUUUCUCACGAAAAGAACUGCAAGGUUUUCUGAUGGAAAAAUUAUGUAUAUGUAUAUCGUCGAUACAUGAUAAUAGAAAUAUUGAUUAAAUCUUUUCAGCCUCUUGUUUUUUUUUUCUCUCUACACGCUGUUCAGUUCGUCGACGCGUAAUAAUGAAAGAUUCACAUGCGAAUCAAGACAAUAUCAGAUGAAAAAGUAUUAUAUCCUGAAAAUUGAUACCUCUUCAAUCGAAAUGAUAGGCAAUAAAGAGACAAAGUGGCAGAAAAUUUUGAUGAUUUUAUUGUACGUAGGCAAACGUCAAACCACAGAAGUAGCUAUAUACGUUUCAGCAAUCAUUCGCAUUGGCUAUAAGUAUCUAAUUGGCAGAAUUGUUUGAAAAGUCGAGCUACAUAAAGAAUUGCUAACAUUGUAAGAUGUGACUAGUGGACGUGGUAGGGAUCAAAGGGCUAGCGUGAUGCUUUCUCUCUCAGUGCUCUAUUAACUUAAGGAAAAUGGACUUCUUUGAUAGUCGCAACUACAAAGUCAAUAAAAUUCUGUUAUCGGCGAUUGGCCAGUGGCCUUACCAAUCGCCCAAGAUGAGCUAUAUUAUAGUCAUCGUCAUAGCCACUAUAGCUUGUUCGCAACUUCUUACGAAGUUAUGCGGCAUGUUCUCCUAUAUUCACGACAUGGACAUUGUAAUCGAGUGCCUUACUCCGAUAAUGAUUGAUAUAUCAGGUAUAACAAAAAUAAUGAAUUCCAUGCUGUGCGUGAAUAAGAUGAGGACAUUGCUCGGUCGAAUACGAGAUGAUUUUUACUUGUUGAGUAAUUCCAGGGAUAUAGAAAUUCUUCGAAAGUGCGCGGACAGUGGCAGAAAAUUCUCGACUAUUUAUAUUUAUGCGAUGUACACAGUCACGGUAAUUUUUAUGUUGACACCCUUGCCACCGUUAAUUUUCCACGUUGCUAAUGAAACGACUCGUCCAUUGUUGCACAGAGUCGAAUAUUACGUCGACAUGGACAAAUAUUAUUUUCCGAUUUUAAUUCAUGGAUAUCUCACCGUUGUAAUUUGCGUCACUUCCAUCAUCGCGACUGAUGCGAUAUUCUUGAUAUUUGUGCAACACGUUUGCGGACUGUUUAUCAUAACUGGCUCGCGAAUACAACGAGCGUUACAGGAAAAAUAUUUGACAGACGCCAAUCUUCCGAUUACGGACGAUAAAGCGUAUCGAAAUAUGAUACUGUGUAUUCAGGAUCAUAGAGCUGCUAUAAGGUUCGUCGAUCUCAUAGAAGCUGCAUAUUCCAAGCACUUUUUGUUUCAUGCUGGACUCAACAUGAUAACUAUAAGCAUCACGGGUGUUGGGGCUGUGACAAAAUUGGACGACCCGUCUGAGCUUCUUAAAUUAAUAGCAGUAACGUGGGCGUUACUAUUCCAUCUAUGCUUCGAAUGUUUGAAUGCUCAGAAAUUAAUAGAUUAUAGCGGAUAUCUUCAUACUAAUCUAAUAAAUUUAAACUGGUAUGAUGCAUCGGCCAGAACGAAAAAACUCAUACUUUUCAUGAUGAUGAAAACGCAUCCGCCUUGUGUAUUAACGGCCGGCGGUAUGUUUGUUUUAUGCAUGGAAACAUUCGCUACGAUUGUGAAAACUGCUGUAUCGUAUUUCACUUUCCUACGCUCGGCGCAAUAA